AUGAGCCAGAAAUCACUGAUCUACGCAUUUGUUUCACGAGGAACGGUGAUUCUUGCUGAGUUCACCGAAUUCAGUGGGAAUUUCAAUUCCAUAGCCUUUCAAUGUCUCCAGAAACUUCCUGCUACUAACAACAAGUUUACUUACAACUGCGAUGGUCACACUUUCAAUUACCUCGUUGAUAAUGGCUUUACUUAUUGUGUGGUUGCCGAUGAAUCUGCUGGAAGACAAGUGCCUAUAGCUUUUCUGGAGCGUGUUAAAGAUGAUUUUGUGUCAAAAUAUGCCGCUGGAAAGGCUGCUACAGCCCAGGCCAACGGUCUUAACAAGGAAUUUGGGCCAAAAUUGAAGGAACAUAUGCAAUAUUGUGCUGAUCAUCCUGAAGAGAUAAGCAAGCUUUCCAAAGUGAAAGCUCAGGUUUCAGAAGUUAAAGGUGUCAUGAUGGAGAACAUUGAGAAGGACGGCAUUCUCCCAUUCUUUGGUGCACAAGUAACUUUAUUCACUGGAUUGAGUUUUCGGCACCAGUUUAUUUGGGAGAAAAUAGAACUUCUUGUGGACAAGACUGAGAACCUUCAUCAGCAGGCACAAGACUUUCGCAGUCAAGGCACACAAAUCCGGAGAAAAAUGUGGCUGCAGAACAUGAAGGCUAAGCUGAUUGUAUUGGGAAUACUGAUUGUCUUGAUCCUCAUCAUAGUCCUGUCUGUUUGCAAGGGCUUCAACUGUGGAAAGUGA